ACAUAAUCUGCUGGCCUCCCACCACUCUGAUUCAACUCUACACGCAAUCUGAGUCUAUUUUCCUGGAUGGAUUAACCCAGCAAUAUUUUACCUGAGGCACGCGACAAGGCCAUGGAACGCCACCGCCUAUCUCUACGUUAUAGGCUAAUAAUUGCCGAACUUCGGCAAGGGUAGUCCUCAUGCAGGCCACUGCCGACUCGCUCAUAGCUUGACCUUCUCUUCUGCACGUUGCUUCCGCUGCGAGAAAGUAUGUAUAGGCCCCUGUCUACUUUGUCGUCGUCUCGGUGAUCAUGCACAGCGGGGACGACAGUACGCCAGCAUGGAUGUCGCUGGUGGCCGGCGGAACGGCGGGCGGCAUCGAAGCAACCGUCACAUAUCCCUUUGAAUAUGCCAAGACUCGUGUGCAAUUGAAAGGUGAAUACGCGCCACGAAAUCCAUUCCAGGUCGUGGCAAAGGUGUAUCAAAAGGAGGGUGCGAGGGCGCUAUAUAUGGGAUGCGGGGCACUCGUCGCAGGCACGGUAGCUAAAGAUGCAAUCCGCUUCGUAUCAUUCGAUUCGAUCAAGAAUGCGUUCAAAGAUCCAGAGACCGGCACCUUGUCACCGGCGAGAAAUCUUCUGGCUGGCAUGGCAUCUGGAGUGGUGUCCUCCACGUUGGCCGUCACACCUACAGAGCGCCUUAAAACGGCCCUCAUAGACGAUGCCAGGAACGAAAAGCGCUUUAAGAGCACAUGGCACGCGACCAAGGUCCUGAUCGCAGAAAAGGGUUUUAUAAACGCCUUGUACAGAGGUUAUGUUUCCACGACCGCAAAGCAGAUGGGCACGACCUCCGUGCGGCUAGGAAGUUAUAAUAUCAUGAAGGACUAUGGAAAGAAGCACAACUGGCCGGACAACACACUUGUUGAUUUCGCAAAGGGUGCAGUUGCGGGCACAGUCACGACCUACGCGACGCAGCCGAUCGACGUGGUCAAGACACGAGCCCAGAGCGUGAAGCACGAAGGUAUCUUGGAGUCCACAAUGAGCAUCUGGCAAGAGGCCGGUAUCAAGGGCUUCUGGAGAGGCACGGUGAUGAGACUGGGAAGGACGGUUAUGGCGGGGGGCAUCCUCUUCACGAGUUACGAGCAGGUCAUCAAGAUUUUGAAGCCGUUUUACCGGGAAGUUUCACACGGAGAGUUGUAGACCUUGAGUUCACAGCAUGUCAUUAGACGGCGCACGGUGGGGAGGCUUCAAGUUUGCACGAUAUUAGAGAGCUCUGGCCCGGUGGUUUGUUAUCCUUCGGCGUGUUCCACCUGUGUCGACAAAUUGCUAGAUCACUAGACUGGGGCUGGCAAAGACAGAUUUCUCUUUCCUCAUGGUUGACUAGAAAGCCUUAGAGAAGCAGCCAAACUUGUUAGGUAGCAUUAUCAGUUCGGUUGGAUAAAGACGGCGGAAUGUACCAUAAAGCACACAUUCAACUCUAGUUUUCGAUCCAAACGAUAACCAACAGCGAGAAAAAGAAAACCGAGUUUUCAACAUCUGCACUUCGCAGUCCUUCAA